CUUACGUGUGACGCACUUUCUGCCUUGUUGGAAGGUGAUUUCAUCAGGAAGAGCAUUGGCUAGAGAAACCCACACAUUCUCAGGAAACUAGUCACUGAUUCACGCGAAUGGUAUUCUAUCUCGAGUCAAACUUAACAUAAAAGCUUCCGCUAAUACAUGAACACAGGCUAGAUGUCCGUCAUCACUGACGAUUUUACGGAUAUGGACGGAGCGGAGCUGUUGGGAUUACUGUUCCAGGAUGUUGAUAGCGGCGUGGCGGAUACGUUCUUUCCCAACGGAAACGGUCUUAUGGAAGAUUGGCUUUCCGAACAAGACAUGUUGAGUGGCCUGGACACAGAGGACUUCCUGUCCAGCUUGCUGGACGUAGAAGACGCCGCCUCCUGUCCGUCCCUCUCUCCCCACGGCAGCGACAGCGGCAUCUCAGACCACAGCAGCUCUGGCAAAACCCCACCGGGCUGCCCCAGCCCCCAGGGCAGCGACCCUCCGCCCAGCCCCAGCUGCUACUCCCAGCCCACCUCGGUGCUCUCUGAGCUGGCCGGGGGAGCAGGCGAGGCCCAGGCUGAGAGGGCCCAGGCGGUGCAGACAGAGCACAGCUACGCCCUGCUGCAGGGAGGCGUGCUGCAGGGAGAGCGGCCGGAUGACGCCCUGCUGAGCGUGAGAGCAGACAAACCAGACGAGGACGUCUUCAUAGACCUGGAUGAGCUGGACAGUGAAGGGAUGGAGCAGGAAGACUCCAGUGAGCCCGACUGCACCCUGUCCAUCGAGGACUCGUCUCAGAGCAACAACAUGGACAUGUUCCAGUUUAAGGAGAUCGUUCUGACUGACGAGGAGAAGAGACUUCUGGAUAAAGAAGGAGCAAGCAUCCCAGCUCACAUGCCCCUCACCAAGGCGGAGGAGAGGACUCUGAAGAGGGUGAGGAGGAAGAUCAGGAACAAACAGUCUGCUCAGGAGAGCCGCAAGAAGAAGAAGGUGUAUGUGGACGGACUGGAGAACAGGGUUGCCAUGUGCACAGCCCACAACCAGGAGCUGCAGAAGAAGGUCACCCUGCUCCAUAAACAGAACAUGACUCUGAUAGAGCAGCUGAAGAAGCUACAGUCCAUGAUGAAGAUGUCCACCAUGAAGACCUCCACCACCAGCACCUGCAUCAUGGUGUUCCUGCUGUCCUUCUGCCUCAUCAUCUUCCCCUCCGUCAACCCGUUUGGGAGGAGCCCUGGGAAGGAACAGUACACCCCCUCCUCCAUCGUGUCCAGGACGCUGCGCUCCUUCCCUGGGGAGGAGCCUCUGGACGUGUCCUACCCCGAGCCAGGCCGCGUGGAGCCAGGCCGUGUGGAGCCAGGCCAUGUGGACGAGCCUGUGUAUCUCCCCACGGUGGACAACGUGAAGGCAGUGUUUGCUGGCGGUCAGAACCACACCCCCGACCACACCCCCGACUACCAGAGGGUGGAGCAGCCCGACUCGGAGACCGGCGUCAACGGCAACAACUCCGCAGACUUCCCCAACCCCUCUGGCCAAUCAGGGCAAGCGGAGCAGAGCACGGGUCACGCCCCCGAGGGAGUGGGGGCGGGGCCACGGGAGGGGGCGGGCCAGGUGGUGUUGGAGGUGGCGGGUGGAGACGAGAGGUGGUUGGACAGGAAGCCCACGUCAGUCAUCCUGCAACAGCACCGCUCAGACGAGAUGUAGGAGGAGCCUGCGAGAGGGAGGGGAGGAGCUUACUGUUCAGGAGUUACGGGUGGGGUUCCCUUUAUUGGAAAGGGGUAGAGCCA